CCGGAUUCUGUAAGUCCUUAGAUUGAGUCAGUAGGUGAGUCAGUUAGGGGGAGUAGAGUCUAAGUGGUGAGGAGUGGAACCGCUGUCUGGUUGUGCACCUUCCACCAUGGUUGACACCCGUACUGGGAAGAGUACUGCCCCCUCCGAGGCCGAGCAGGCCCGGAUUGCCACCCUUUUGAAAGAGAGAAAGGAGAAGAAAGAGCUCCUUAAGCAGGUGAAGUUAAAGGCCAUUGAGGAGGAGCCGGUGGCGAAGAAGAAGAGAUUGGAGGAGGAGAUGCUAAGAUUUCAAAAGGAGAAGAUCAUGAUGUUAGAGAGAGAGGAGGAGGAAAGAAGAAGGGCUGCAGAGGAAGAAGCAGUAGGAGAGGAGGAGGAAGAAGAAGAAGAAGAAGAACCCCUUGAAAGAGGGCACAGGGAGCAGAGAAGCAAGACAAGUGGCACGAAGGAGGAAGACGGAUGGAGGGAAAAGAAGAUUAGUGAAUGGGUGGCUAAUUUAUCAUUGGGAGAAGAUGAAGAGGCACAGUUAUAUGUGCCACAGGAGGAGAAGGAGGAGUUCGCCAGGGCCCUGGAGCUGAUAGAGGAUCCCCUGGAACGCCAGGCGACGGAAGAUGAGAAGAAGUUGGAGUGGAAGUUGAAGAUGAUGAGGGAGAAGAAGAGAAGGAGGGAGGAAGCUAGCAGAAUAGCCGGGGAGGUUGAGCGAACUAGAAAUGGGCAUUAUGAGCUCAUAGUGAUGCCCUUUGCACUGACCAAUGCGCCACAAACAUUUCAGCGAUAUAUGAACGAUGUGUUUAGGCCUUGGUUAGAUAGAUUUGUCGUAGUGUAUCUAGACGACAUCCUAGUUUUCAGUAGGACCCUCCAAGAGCACCAGGGGCAUUUGAGGCAGGUCUUGGAGAAGCUGAGAGAAGCUAACUUCAAGAUCAAUGCGAAGAAGUGUGAGUGGGCCAAGACACAAGUCUUGUACUUGGGUCACGUGUUAGACAGAGAUGGCAUUAAGCCCGAGGACAGUAAGAUAGCGGCGAUUAGGGAUUGGCCGACGCCCCGCACAUUGACAGAGUUGCGGUCGUUCCUAGGCCUAGCUAACUAUUAUAGGAAGUUCGUAAGGAACUUCUCGACUAUCGCCGCCCCCCUUCGCAAGUUGCUCAAGAAAGAGGCAAUCUGGCAGUGGGAUAAGGACUGUACGUCUGCGCUAAAGAAGCUAAAGCGUGCGUUAAUAGAGUAUCAUGUCCUCAAAGUAGCAGAUCCGUCCUUGCCAUUUGUCAUCACCACGAACGCGAGUCAGUAUGGUAUAGGCGCCGUGUUACAGCAGUACGACAGCAAUGGCUACAAACCCGUAGAGUUCAUGUUAGCGAGGAUGCCCUCAGAGAAGGUUGCUACCUCAACGUAUGAGAGGGAACUCUACGCUCUCAGGCAGGCUUUAGAGCACUGGAAGCAUUACCUGCUUGGGAGGCACUUCAAGGUGUAUUCAGACCACGAAACGCUUAAAUGGUUGAAGACACAGACCAAAAUGACACCUAAGUUGACUAGGUGGGCCGCUAAGAUAAACCAGUACGACUUUGAGCUCAAGCCAAUUAAGGGCAAGUACAAUGUAGUUGCGGAUGCUCUGAGUAGGAGGUCAGACUACUUUGGAGCCAUAGUUCACUAUCUGGACAUAGGGCGUGACCUGCAAGAGAAAGUUAGACAGGCGUAUACCCAGGACCCUAUCUAUAAUGACCUCCUCAAGAAGGUUAAGGAGGCCCCUGAGACCGAGCCAGAUUACCGCACUACAGAGGGGUUAUUAUUUGGGAAGACUAAUGUAGUAGACCGCCUAUGCGUUCCCAAUAGUGCAGAGAUCCGUAGUUUGAUCCUAGGGGAACGCCACGACACAGAAGGACAUUUUGGUUGGCAAAAGACUCUAGCCAACCUCAUGCAUGCGUAUACAUGGCCUGGAAUGAAAAACGACUGCAUAGAGUAUGUCCGCAGUUGUAAAGUCUGUCAAUGGAACAAGACUACUACGCGUGCCCCUCUCGGUCUUCUCCUAUUCCAGACCAGCCUGGAGAUUCGGUCUCCAUUGACUUAAUGGAUGUCGGUGUCAAGAGCCGACAUGGCAAGAGCCAAG